GUGUGUGUUGUGUGUGUCGUGUGUGUUUCAGGUAUCGGCGACUGCUGAGGAAGCCUCUGUUUUUCCCUGAUGAAGCCACAGUCGACACGGAGCCGCUGUUUGAAACGAUGGAAGGAAAGAUGGGCGAGUUCAUUGCUGAGUUGCGGCAGCACACCGACACACUCCUCAGCACCGUCUGUGAAUUUGAGGGAAGAGAUGCUGAGGAGGAGGAGGAGGAUGAAGAUGAUGAAGAGGAGGAUGAAGAUGAGGAAGACGAGGAGGAGGGUGAGGAGGAGAUGAGGAGUGAGGAAGAAGAGCAGCAGAACCUCACUGACUCUGGAGAUGAAGAAUAUUCACCGGAGGAGGAAGAGGAUGAGGAAGACUAGCAGAAGAGGAUCUGCUCUUGAGCUCCUGGAGCCGAAGUCUUCAUCUGAAGCAGAACGAGCCGUGUCUCCUGAGAUCUCACAGACAGAGUUCAUGAUGCACGGCACUGUGUGAGAGUCUGCGUUCAUUCCUGGAUAAAGAAGGGUUUAAACAGACACCGAUUGUUCAAUUACACAAAAUAUCACGUCCACGAAGUGACUCUGUGUCACACUCGAGAUUAACCUGAGGAUGAGAACGGUUUUCUGUGAUGUGAACAGACUCUAUAACACUAUUUAUUUGAUCGAGGGGGGAUAAUAAUAACAAUAAUCAUUCAUUAAUCAAUUAAACAAUCCAUUCAGGCAUGUUUAAAGCUCAGGGUACAUUAAUGUCAGUUUGGGACGGGCUCCAUUUGCACUUUUCCCCAAGCUCCAGUAUAUUCAGCUUUUUCUGUCAAGAUGAUGAUGAUGGGAGGGAAAAAAGAAGAAAUUGUGCUGGAAAAUAUAUAAUAAAAUAUAGUUUCAUAACUUACAAAAAUCAACCGUUUGGUGGCCAAAUCAUUUAUUAUCUUUAUUUUGUGUUUUUAUUAACAUCUAAAUAUCUGCAAAGACUCAAGCAAAAAACAAAAAAAAGGAUUGCUUUGAGUUUAAGCGAAAUACAAGAAUAUGAAACAAAAGCAACGAUUCAAACCCAGAGCUGGUGCUCGCACUUCAUGAAUAUAAGAACACAGAAAUACAGCACUAACACAGGCUAGAUACACAAUAAAUGAAGAAGAAAACACAAGCUCAUAAAGAAGAUGAAGAAAAGCUGACAAACGUAGCAUGCCUUUUAUUCAGUUUUAAGUCCUGAAUAUAUUUAUUUAUCCUGAAUAUAUUCUCCAAAAUAUGAAUAACCUCUCAUCUGAGGUACAGUAAUAAGCUGGGAAAUAUUUAGAGCAGUUUUUAUCGUCUCUGUAUUCAGUCAUCUUCUUCUGGGAGGAUAAUAACCUCAUGCUCCACACUAAUAAACUAUAACAGAUUACAUACAGUCCGAGACACAGCUUUGAGUUCACUUGUAAAGUUAAAUAAAAGCCCAAAUGCAAUGUGUUUAAUGAGUUUGUAAACACUAUCACACACAUUAUAGAAGCGCGUUUAUCAAAUACGCGAGU